UACCGCCGGGCUCAUGUUGUCAGUCCAGCGGGGCCAUUACAAAGCUCUUUCUAAGCUGCAGAUAUAAUACGAUAGAAUUGAUGCAGAACAGUAACAUAGCCUCAGAAGAGCCGCAGUACUGCCAGAGGAUAAUUUUCACAGGUCCAGAUGGAAUUGGAGACUACAGGCCGAGAUCGAAUUAUAUCCCCCUGUACAUCGGUGUGGGUUCCACUUCUCGCGAGGCCACAAGUGAUCUGAGAUAUUUAUUCCGAGCUGCUCCUCAGGCCCCCCCACCUGUGCCCAGGCAGAGCUGUGUGGGCGAGGUGGGCUGGGGAUGGCAGUAUAACCAGCUGUUGAAUGGAGAUAGGCUGCUCAGCAACAUGCAAAUCAAGAAAACAGAGAUAAGGCAAACACUGGAGGACAGAGUCACUCAGACGUUUCAGAUGAACCAGCAGAAGGAAUGUCAUCCAUGACUCAGAAAAAGUCAACACCAAGUUUUCCAGAAACAAUUAGAGCAAACAACAGGUGGCAUUCUGCCGCCCACAGAGAACGGAGGAUCUGACUUUUGAUGAGAUCCGUCAAGUCUGAUUAAACAUCUCCUAAUCAGUAUAAAGAGAUUACUCCCCAACACUUAUUUUCAAUUCACACCCUCCAGCUUUAGUGUGAAAGAGGCCUAAUUAACAAUCAGAUGAUGGAAAAAAAUGUUUUCUGCACAUCUGUGAAAGUUCAUGGCCACUUUGUGACUUUGUUCAUGGGAUAAUUGCAUGAAAUCUGAACUUUUAUACAUUAUUGACCAUAAAAGCAAGCCAAGAAAGUGUUAAAAAGUGUGAAAAUUUCAACAAUAUGUCAGUAAUUCCUCAAACUUGACUUUAUCUCCAGAAAUUACUUUGACAUCCAUGCUGGUAUUGUUUUUCGGAGCUCUUUUGUCCCUCACACACUUGUACAGUGACCAACAUUUUACAUUGUUAUUUGAGAAGCACCCGUUAAUCCAUCCCCAACGGCUACAGCAAUCAAAUCCCCUUAUGUCUGCUGUAGAUAACAGAACAGGUUAUUUGGUGCAUUAGAAACCAUCAGUUUCCACAUAAUGAGCCAAGCAGACAUCCAUUUGUUGGGGUCAACUUCAAUUGGCUGAUGACAUCUUUGCUAUAGUGGAGUUGCCCCUACUCUGGUGGGCCCUACACCUGAGGGCAUCUUGAGGCUGAAUUUGUUGAGCAUUUCCAAGGCAGCCCUACAUGUGUGUACCUACUAAUCUUCUUUAGCUUUCCUGUAGAGCUGGUAUCUCCAGCCUGAUAUUUUCUGUGUUUGUUUGACUUCUUUGUCAGGCUCCUCCACCUGAAACCACAGAAAGCAAAGUGUGAGCCCUUUUGCAUUUUGCACAUUGCACUUUCUUGCUUAAGAGUAAUUUCAAAUUCUAAAAUCUUUGUUUAAGCUAUAGGUCCAGCAAAUGUGUAUUUAAGAAUCACUAAUACAAUCAAUCUGAAUGUACUGAAUUAAAAUGAAUUGUAAUACG